GAACAAACCACAAGAAAUACGAAAAGCCGAGUCAAAGCUCCGCACCGUUCUUCGAUCUCAUUCUCCAGAUUGAUUUCGACAAGCAUUUCUACCUGUAAAUCGAUCUUCUUUCUUGUUUAUCGAUUCUCCGUUCCAUAUUAUACUGAACUCAUAUGAAUGCUUGAUCGUCGCCAUGUUUAAAUCCGUUUACUCAUCGUCUGCCCUCCGCCGGGCGUCAAGGACUGGAAUCUCUUCAUCGUCUUCGUUUUCUUCCGGUUCUGGAGCGGUAGCUUCUUCAACCGCCACUCAUUCAUCUCCAGCCGUCACCAAUCAGUUCCGAUCUUUUACCUUUUCUUCUGCCCGGCGUCAUGUCAGAUGCUUAUCCCCGCGUUGGAGUCAUGGAGUUGAUUCUAGAUCUCCGAUGAGCCUCACUUCUCAGAUCAGGGGUACCGCCCUUGCUUCUGCCCGCUUCGAACGGAUGAUCGCUACUAAGGCGUCGGAGAAUGCUUUCAAGUCGAUAUUGACCAGUCUUCCCAAGCCUGGAGGUGGCGAAUUCGGGAAAUUCUAUAGCUUGCCAGCCCUGAAUGACCCAAGGAUUGAUAAGUUGCCAUACUCUAUUAGGAUUCUACUGGAAUCAGCAAUUCGUAAUUGUGACAACUUUCAAGUGACAAAGGAAGAUGUUGAGAAGAUAAUUGAUUGGGAAAAAAGUGCUCCAAAACAAGUUGAAAUUCCCUUUAAGCCUGCACGUGUUCUCCUCCAGGAUUUUACUGGUGUGCCAGCUGUAGUUGAUCUUGCUUGUAUGCGUGAUGCCAUGAACAAACUUGGUAGUGACUCAGAGAAAAUCAAUCCUUUGGUUCCGGUCGAUCUUGUUAUUGAUCAUUCAGUUCAAGUUGAUGUUGCAAGGUCAGAAAAUGCCGUGCAGGCCAAUAUGGAGCUAGAGUUCAAAAGGAACAAAGAAAGAUUUGCUUUUCUUAAGUGGGGAUCAAAUGCUUUCCAAAACAUGCUUGUUGUUCCUCCAGGCUCGGGGAUUGUGCAUCAGGUGAAUCUCGAAUAUCUUGGGCGUGUUGUCUUUAAUUCUGAUGGCUUGUUAUACCCAGAUAGUGUGGUGGGUACAGAUUCCCACACUACAAUGAUUGACGGGUUAGGAGUUGCUGGCUGGGGAGUGGGAGGUAUUGAAGCAGAAGCAGCAAUGCUUGGCCAGCCAAUGAGUAUGGUAUUACCUGGUGUGGUUGGGUUCAAUAUGUCUGGAGCUUUGCGGGAUGGUGUCACAGCUACUGACUUGGUUUUGACAGUGACCCAAAUGUUAAGGAAGCAUGGAGUUGUUGGCAAAUUUGUGGAAUUUUAUGGGGAUGGUGUUGGUAAGAUUUCAUUGGCUGACAGGGCUACCAUUGCCAAUAUGUCUCCUGAGUAUGGUGCUACAAUGGGGUUCUUUCCUGUUGAUAAAGUCACUUUGCAAUAUCUAAAACUGACUGGGAGAAGCGAUGAAACUGUAGCAAUGAUUGAAGCAUAUUUACGUGCAAACAAUAUGUUUGUAGACUAUAAUGAGCCUCAACAAGAAAAAGUGUACUCGUCUUAUCUACAACUAAACCUUGAUGAUGUUGAACCCUGUAUAUCUGGUCCUAAGAGGCCUCAUGACCGCGUUCCACUCAAAGAUAUGAAGUCCGAUUGGCAUUCUUGCCUAGAAAGCAAAGUUGGAUUCAAGGGUUUUGCUGUUCCAAAAGAGGCACGGGAUAAGGUUGCUAAAUUCUCAUUUAAUGGGCAGCCUGCUGAGCUCAAGCAUGGUAGUGUUGUAAUUGCUGCUAUAACGAGUUGCACAAACACAUCAAAUCCUAGUGUCAUGCUUGGUGCUGGUCUUGUUGCCAAAAAGGCUUCUGAACUGGGACUGAAGGUGAAGCCAUGGGUAAAGACAAGUCUUGCCCCAGGUUCUGGUGUUGUAACAAAAUAUUUGCUCCAAAGUGGACUGCAGAAGUACUUGAAUGAGCAAGGAUUCAAUAUUGUGGGGUAUGGCUGCACAACAUGUAUAGGAAAUUCUGGGGAGUUGCAUGAAUCAGUUGGUUCCGCAAUAACAAAAAAUGACAUUGUAGCAGCUGCUGUUCUCUCUGGGAACAGGAAUUUUGAGGGUCGUGUUCAUGCACUUACAAGAGCCAAUUAUCUUGCUUCACCUCCUCUAGUAGUUGCUUAUGCCCUGGCUGGAACUGUUGAUAUUGACUUCAAGACUGAGCCUAUUGGAGUUGGAAAGGAUGGCAAAGAUGUCUAUCUUAGUGAGAUCUGGCCAUCUUCACAAGAGAUAGCCGAUGCUCUUCAAACUUCUGUCGUGCCUGAAAUGUUCAAAAGCACUUAUGAAUCUAUCACAAAGGGGAAUACCAUGUGGAACCAGCUAUCAGUUCCAACUUCUAAACUGUAUUCAUGGGAUCCAAAUUCUACCUACAUUCAUGAACCACCGUACUUCAAGAACAUGACAAUGGACCCUCCCGGGCCAAUUUCAGUGAAGGAUGCCUACUGUUUAUUGAACUUUGGUGACAGUAUUACGACCGACCACAUUUCUCCAGCGGGAAGCAUUCACAAGGACAGUCCAGCUGCUAAAUAUCUUCUGGAGCGUGGGGUGGAAAGGGAGAACUUCAAUUCAUAUGGAAGUCGUCGUGGGAAUGAUGAAAUCAUGGCAAGAGGAACUUUUGCAAAUAUUCGUCUUGUCAACAAGUUGUUGAAUGGGGAAGUUGGUCCUCAGACGAUCCAUAUUCCCACAGGAGAGAAGCUUUACAUAUUUGAUGCUGCAACUAGGUACAAGACCUCCGGACAAGAUACCAUAGUUUUGGCUGGAGCUGAGUAUGGAAGUGGAAGCUCUCGUGAUUGGGCUGCUAAGGGACCCAUGUUGCUGGGAGUUAAGGCAGUUAUAGCAAAGAGUUUCGAGAGGAUCCAUCGCAGCAAUCUAGUUGGGAUGGGCAUCGUUCCACUCUGCUUCAAGGCUGGUGAAGAUGCAGACACUCUCGGAUUGACUGGUCAGGAACGUUUCACCAUUGAUCUUCCCACCAAAGCUAGUGAGAUCAGGCCCGGUCAAGAUGUCGUUGUGAGAACCGACAAUGGGAAGAGUUUCACCUGCACGGUUCGCUUUGAUACUGAGGUGGAAUUGGCUUAUUUCGACCAUGGUGGUAUUCUGCCUUACGUUAUCAGGCAAUUGAGUAAGCAGUGAGAGAACAACAACCAAUAGUUUGAGGUUUUUAAUACCGAGGACAAUAAAGGAUGUAGAUUAUGCAUUCUUACACUUUGAGAAAUGUGGGGUACUGUUGAUUUGUACUUCCCCAUUCCAAACAGUCUUUACCAGCAACAACUGGAAGACAAAGAUUGAGCCAAUAAACUUCAUUUUCCAUUUCUACUCUCAAUUCUAUAGCAACUAUUGUUUGAACUUUGAAGGCAUAAUUUAAAUGUUACAUUUAUUGCCCAC